CCCUCUUUGCCGCGUCAGAACUGGAGGCCUUGAGCUCGCUGUCUGCGGACCGCAGCGUGGCUAAGAGCCUGAACUGCAGCGUGAGGCUCGUCCGCCUUGAGGAGCUGACUGGGCAUCAGGGCGGCCGCAAGGGCUUGUGUGGAAAGGUUAUUCCCAACAAUGCCAAUAUGAUCGUCAACAUGAGGACCCACAACGACGAGUAGCCCUACAAGUGUGACCAAUGCACAAAGCGCUUCAGUCUGAAAGGCCACCUGAAUAGACACAUGAUGAAUCACUCUGGGGGGAAGCCCUACAGGUGUGACCAAUGCAAGAUGGGCUUCAGUGAUAGCUACGCCCUGAAGAUCCACAUGAGAACUCACUCCGGGGAGAAGCCCUACAAGUGUGACCAAUGCAUGAAGGGCUUCAGUCCUAAAGGCAGCCUGAAUAGACACAUGAUGAAUCGCUCUGGGGAGAAGCCCUACAAGUGUGACCAAUGCGCAAAGCACUACAGUCAUAGCUACACCCUCACGAUGCACAUGAGGACCCACACCGGCGAGAAACCCUACAGCUGUGACCAUUGCAAAAAGCGCUUCGCUCGGCAUGGCAACCUGAACGUCCACAUGAGGACUCACUCCGGCGAGAAGCCCUACAAGUGUGACCAAUGCACGAAGCGCUUCAGUCAGACAAGCCACCUGAAGAGCCACAUGAUGACUCACUCCGGCGAGAUGCCCUACAAGUGUGACCAAUGCACGAAGCGCUUCAGUCGGACAAGCCACCUGAAGAUCCACCUGAGGACUCACUCCGGGGAGAAGCCCUACAGGUGUGACCAAUGCACAAAGUGCUUCAGUCGGAAAAGCCACCUGAAGAUCCACAUGAGGACUCACUACGGGGAGAAGCCCUACAAGUGUGACCAAUGCACGAAGUGCUUCAGUCAGAAUGGCACCCUGAAGAUCCACAUGAGGACUCACUCCGGCGAGAAGCCCUACAGGUGUGACCAAUGCCCGAAGCGCUUCAGUCGAGGCCGCGCCCUGAGGUUCCACAUGUCGACUCACUUUGGGGAGAUGCCCUACAGGUGUGACCAAUGCACGAAGAGCUUCCAACGGAAAUGCGACCUGGAGAUCCACCUGAGGACUCACUCCGGUUAGAAGCCCUGCCUGUUAGUGCAUUGCAACGCCAGCUACAGCGACCCAAGCAAUUUGAGUGUGCACAUGCUCAAGCACACGGGCAAUGGGGUGCUUUCACACAGGGUAACGGGGCGCUUUGAUUGAGAGCUCUGUCCGGUAUUGGUCGAAAUUACUGCUUUUAGUUUUUCUUUUUAUCAUGAUUAAACACUUUCCUGCUUUUGA